UUGUUGUAUUGUAUUGUACUCUAUGCUCUGGUGGAGCAGAAUAAGUCAGCAAUGAAGCUCUUGGAACUGGAGGAUACCAGUGUGGUGGAUAUGACAACACAAGGAGAGGAAGGGAAGAUUCAGCUGCAGGCCAUGUUGGGGAGCCUCGACACAGUCAACACAGCACAGGAAGUAUUCAUGACCAUCAAUGAAGUUGACCAAUGCAACAUGGAGGUAGAAAAUUGGCUCAAGAAGUGCCAGGAACUCUUCCCAAAUGUCAAGACUGUCCACACCUCAGUGAAGGUGCAGGAGACCAUCAGGGAGGCCCUGGAGAUGAUGACCACAGAGACAGGUGCCAGAUCUUAUGAUAUAUUAAUAGCAGUGCCUAUAAGCAACACAUCCAUCCUCCAUCGUACAUAUAUUGAUGUAAUGGACAAUUGGAUAGUAGAAAUUGGUUUUAGUGAAUUUGGAUAA